AUGUCACGUUUUGCUAAUGUUUUUAAUGUCUCAUUUGGAAGUAAUAAAGAGAAAAAAAAUAGUCAAAGAAUUAAAACAUUAAGUGAAAAUAAUAAAGGAGCAAUUGAUUGGAAUUAUGGAGUUAUAGCAUUUGGAUCAAGAACAAAUGUAAUUGUAAUGGAUAGUUUUAGUUUUAUUAUUAUCAAUGUAUUAAAUCAUCAUAUUGAAGAUAUUACUGCCAUUAAAUUUCAAGACAAUUAUCCAUUUGAAAUACCAUAUAGUAAAAGAAAUGUUCAAUUAAUUAGUGGAGAUGCAGCAGGAAAUAUUAUAUUAUGGGAUUAUUUUAAUAAUACACCAUUAAUUUCAUAUAGUAAUGUUAGUAAUACACCUGUUAAAUGUUUACGAUGGCAUAAAAAUGCAUCAAAUAUUUUUAUUUCAUUAUUUGGAAAUGGAACAAUAAUAUUUUAUGAUUCUAUCACAGGACAAGCAGUUAAAUAUAUUGAAAGUAAUUCUAUUAUAAAUCCAAUAUCAUUUGAACAAAGUCCAUUUGAUCCUGAUGAAAUUUGUGUUUGUACAAUGUAUGAAGUAUUUCUUAUUUCAACAAAACAAAUGACUGUUUAUGAGAUAUAUACUUGUCCAUCUAAUAUUAAAUCAGGAGAUAUUACUAUCAUUAAAUCUAUUUAUUAUUCUAAAACACCACAAAAAUUAUUACUUUUAACAUCAUCAGAAUUAGUUAUAUUUGAUACUGUUUUAACAAAUACUAUUGGUUCUAUUUUAUUAACACAAUCACCAUCUAUAUUCAGUUUUUCUCUAGAUGAAAGUAAAGUAAAUAUAUUUAAUACAGAAGGAUAUGUAGAACAAUAUCAAAUUAAUGUGGAUGAACUUUUCAUUGAUAAAAUAACAACAACUACUAAUACACCAAAGAAAUUACCACCAAUAUUUCAUUUAAUAAGAAAUCCAAUUAAUAAUGAUAUUUGUAUUCAAUUACAAAAUGGAUCAAUUAGUAUUCUUCGUGAUGAUGGAUCUGAUUUUAAUAUUACUUUUUCUGAUUGUUCUUUUUCAUGUCAAGCAACUGUGUUAGUUCCUUAUAAUCAAACGAGUUUAUGUAUUGGAACAGAAACAGGAGAAACGUAUUUAAUGGAUGUUGAUAAUCAAAAAUUAACUAAUAUGAAAGCACCUAAUAUUGCAUGUCCAAUUAGAGGAAUAACAUGUUUAAAUGAAUCAAUUAUUCUUUAUGGAGUUGAAAAAAGAAAUAAAAGUGAAUAUUCUCCUGGAUUUAAUGAAAAUAGAAUCAUGAGAUUUCCUGAGAAGAAAGAAAGAGGUUGUUCUUAUUUAAGUUCUCUUACUACGUCUAAAGAAGAGAUUAGGAAAGUAAUAAUUUCUUCAAAUGGAUUAGUGUCUGUUUUUGUAUAUACCAGUAAAAUUCAAUUUUGGGAAAAUAAGAGUGAUUCAUAUAAGUUAGAACCAAUACAUAUUAAUAUUCAAGUUCAUUGUAUUGUUCCAAUUAAAAAUAAAAUAAAUGAAUGUUCAUUUUUAUGUACAAGUGAUAAAGAUAUAUUAAUUAUUAGAUAUAAUAAAGGGAAAGCUACAAGUGAAAAAAUAUAUACUCAUUCAUCAAAAAUACGUGUUCUUUCAAAUUUUUCAGAGAAAUUAUAUAUUUUUGUUGAUAGUAAGAAUAUUAUCUAUAACGUUGAAAUAAAUCAACUUCAAAAUAAUAAGGUUAAUGAAUUUGAUAAACGUUCUCCAGUACAUGAAAAGAUUAUUAACAUUAUUCCAUGUCCAAAAGAAGAAACAAAAAAGAUUGGAAUUAUCACACAAAAUCAAAAUUGUUUUAUUUAUGAUUAUUCUACUGGUCGUUUAAAUAAUGAUUUCAAUGUAUUUCUACAACAAAGAAGAAUUAAAGUCAUUGAUAUGUGUUGGGUCAAAGGAGAUAUACCUGUUGUUUUAACUCAUGCAAAACAAGUUAUGAUUUAUUCUCCAGAUGAAGAAAAAGUAGAAAUGAAAGAUAAUUCUCAAACAACACCAUUACAUCUUCUUCCAUCUAAAAUAUUUAGAAAAGUAAUGAGUAUUAUGUUACAUGGAUUUACAGAAGAAACAAUACUUUCAAAUAUAAUUAAUAAGUACCAUAUGAAUAUUGAUUUUAUUACAAAUGAAAAUGAUAAACAAAAACUUUGUGAAGGAACAUGGAUAAAAACAAACACUAUGAAAAAUGAAUAUAAUGAAUAUAUAACAAUAAUUAAUAAAACAGAAAUAACAUUAAUAGAACAAUAUAUUAAAAUUACAGAAUUAUUAAAAUAUCCCCAACUUAAUGAAUUUUGGAAAUUAACAAAUAAAUGUAUUCAACAAGCAAAACAAAGAGAUAGUAAUGAACAAUAUCAAAAUAUUAUUCGACAAAAUAAUAAAUUAUUUUUAAAUGAUAGUAUAAAAGUUAAUAAACGAAUUGUACCACAAAUUAAAGAUGUUGUACCACCACCAUAUGGAUUAUAUCCUGAAUUAUUUGUUGAUACUAAAUUAAUUGAUGAAACAGAAAAAUUAAGAUUAGAAAAAUAUGAAAUUGCAAUCCAAGAAGAUGAAGAAAUAAAUGAUGUUGAAAAAAGUUGUAAAUUAAAUGAAUUAGAAUUAGUCUUUGGUACUGAUUGUUCAAUGAUUGGUAAAUAUAUUGAUAUGUUGAAAAAAACACAAAAAAUAGAAUAUGGAUUAUGUGCAACUCUUUUUGCAUCUACAACGCAUCCUGAAUUAUUAGAAAAUACAAUAAAUGAUGUCAUUGAUGAAUUAUUAAAUAUUAGACAUGAAGAAGAAGCAAUUCAUCUUCUAGAAAAUAUAGGAAAUUAUCAAUCAGCUUGUCAAUUGAUGAUUCAAACAGGAAAAGUUUUUCAAGCAGCUUAUGCAUCAACAACAUUAUUGCCAUUGGAUAAAACAGUACCUUCAAUUUAUAUUCCUUAUGUUGUUCAACAAUUAGGAAAAGGAUAUUAUAUUCCAGCAGCAAUUAAUUUAAUGAAAGUAGGUGGAUUUAUUGAUGCAAUCAGAAUUUUAUUAAAAGGAAAUUAUAUCGAGUUGAGUGCUUUAUUACUUAAUGUAUUAUUAGCAGAAAAUAUGGUAAAUCUUGAUGAACAAAUUGAAGUCAAUUUAAAAACAAUUAUAUUUCAAUCACCAAUUAAUGUUACAACCUUUAGAGAAUUAUGUCGUGUGGUUUAUGAAAAGUACAUUUCAAUAUUAUUGAAUAACCUUGAAAUUCCUUCAUUAGCAGAGUUUUAUUCAAUUAGAUUGAGAUUGUUAGACUAA